AUGUCUAGACAGCACCCUCUUCAGAAUGUCACUGCGUCAGAGAUCCGCCGGGCAGCGGCCGUUGUGCAAGGCUGCGCAAAGGUUAGAGGUAGCCUAGCGUCGAUCAGAUUUAAAUACAUCACACUCCAUGAGCCUCCAAAGGCCCUGUUGAUGCCAUACCUAGAUGCAGAAAGCGAUGGUGUCCCAGUUGAGUCGAGGCCGUUUGUACCACGACUAGUUGCAGCAUUAUACGCGGACGAGAAUACCGGGGAGGCAUUUGAGAGCAUUGUGAGCCUGGACAGUGAGACCGAGGUGGACGUUGUCAAGCUACUUGUCGGACAACAGGCUCCUGUCGACGGCGGCCAACCGCGACAUUUCAUCAAGACAAUCCUCAACGACUCCUCCGUCGUGGAAGCCAUUGCUAAGCUAAAGCUCCCCACCAAUGCUAAAGUAUACUGUGACCCGUGGUCGUACGGGGCAGAUAAGUUCUCCGACAUAAAUACGCGCGCCCAGAUCCAGGCAUUUCUAUAUGCCUGCACCUCCUCCCAUUUGGAAGCCAACCAGUAUGCCUUCCCGUUACCUAUAUCUCCUGUUCUUGAUGUCAGUGAGAAUAGGGUCAUUCGAAUCGACACCCUGGCCACGGGUGGUGCCGAGGAUGGUCUCAAGCACAAUACGGCGCCUGACGAACCACUAGCUCACUGUCGGGCUAAGGAGUAUCAUCCGGACUUGCUCGAAUUGCCCACGAGGACAGGUCUCAAGCCACUACAUAUUGUCCAGCCGGAGGGCCCAAGCUUUACCGUCUCUGAUGGGAAUCUUGUGCAAUGGCAGAAGUGGCGAUUCCGGGUUGGAUUUCACUACCGCGAAGGGCUGACUAUCCACGACGUCCGCUAUGAUGGGAGAAAAACCUUCUACCGGCUCAGCAUGAGUGAGAUGACAGUGCCCUAUGGAGAUCCACGAUCCCCGUACCACCGGAAGCAGGCAUUUGAUAUCGGCGACGCAGGUGCAGGAGCGUGUUCAAAUGUCCUCGGUCUUGGGUGUGACUGCCUAGGCCUGAUCCACUACUUCAAUGGAUGGUUAGCCGACGAGAACGGCGAGCCCCAGGAGUCUCGCAACGCGAUCUGCAUGCAUGAGCAAGACUCCGGAAUCGGGUGGAAGCACAGCAAUCGGCGGACCGGAGUGGCAUCCAUCACACGAGGACGGACUCUGGUUCUGCAAAACAUUCUCACUCUCAUGAACUACGAAUAUAUCUUCGCGUGGAUAUUUCACCAGAACGGGACGGUGCAGUUCGAAACCCGCGCGACGGGAAUUUUGUCGACGGCGCUGAUCGACGAGGGCAAGCACAGCCCCUGGGGCAAUGUAGUGGCGCCGGGUGUUCUGGCUCAGAACCACCAGCAUCUGUUCUGCCUGCGCAUCGAUCCAAUGAUCGAUGGCGUGCGCAAUACCCUAGUGCAGGAAGACUCAGUUGUUCUUCCGGAGACGGAUGAGAAAAAUCCCUUUGGCAACGCUUGGAAGGUGGAGAAGAGCAUCUUUGAGAAGUCCACUUUUGCCGACGCGGCACCGGAGAAGAACCGGGUGUUUAAAAUCAUUAAUGAGAGCCAUUGCAAUCGCGUAUCGGGUAACCCGGUGGGAUACAAACUGGCUCCUCUCCCGUCACAGAUGCUUCUUGCUGGAAAGACCUCGGUAACCCGCCAGCGCGCGCGCUUUGCUGAGCAUCAUAUCUGGGUGACAAAGUAUCGUGAUGGGGAUCUGUGGGCAGGUGGACGGUGGACGGAGCAGAGCGUGAAGGAGGUAGACGGCGUUUUUGAUUACGCAGCGCGGAAUGAGAACGUCAAGAAUGAGGAUAUUGUCAUCUGGCAUACACUUGGAAUGACGCAUACCGCCACUCCCGAACAGUUUCCGGUCAUGGGGGUCGAAACCCUCUCAGUUUCUCUGAAGCCGGCAGAUUUCUUUGAGUAUAACCCUGCCUUGGACGUUCCUCAGAGUACGCAGGAGAUUAACAAAAGCGUCCAAGUUUCAGGGACCAUGUGCCAGUCCUGUUAA